AUGGACCUGGACCGACCGCCGCCCAGCGCCCUGCGCUUCUCCGGCUGGGCCGAGCCCCCGCUGCCCUGCGCUCGCGCCGUGGGCCGCGAAGAGCCUCCGGAAAGCGGCUACCUGAGUCUCUGCGGCUGCAGCCUGGAGGGCAGCGGAGAAUCCGGCGGGGGAGGCGACCCCUGGAGCGCCCCCGAGCAGGGCCGAGCGGAGAGGCGGCAGAAAGUUGAGUUCUUCCGCAAGUUGGGCUACUCUUCGCAGGAGGUGCUGGGCGCCCUGCAGAAGCACGGGCCGGAGGCGGACACCAACACCAUCCUGGGGGAGCUGGUCAAGCACGGGGCGGCCCCCGGCGAGAGGGAGAGAGAGCCCGCCCCGGAGGCCCCCGAGCCGCCGGUGCCGCUUCCCAGAGCGCGGCCUGCCCCCAACAGCCCCCCGACCCAGCCGGGGCCUCCGGAGGAGCAGGACGGGGAUCAUCUGCGGCCGAUCGUCAUUGAUGGGAGCAACGUGGCCAUGAGUCAUGGAGACAAAGACUCCUUCUCCUGCCGAGGCAUCCAGCUGGCUGUGACCUGGUUUCUGGAUCGAGGACACAAGGAUGUCACGGUCUUCGUCCCAUCUUGGAGAAAAGAGCAUUCACGCUCUGAUGUCGCCAUUACAGACCAGCACAUCCUCCAUGACCUCGAGAAGAAGAACAUCCUUGUCUUCACUCCUUCCCGGCGAGUGGCAGGCAAGCGAGUGGUCUGCUACGAUGACCGCUUCAUUGUGAAGCUAGCCUGGGAGUCGGACGGCAUUGUGGUAUCCAACGAUGUCUACCGGGACCUGCAAGCAGAACGGGCAGAGUGGAAGAAGUUCAUUGAAGAACGCUUGCUGAUGUAUUCCUUUGUCAAUGACAAGUUCAUGCCUCCCGAUGACCCCUUGGGGCGCCAUGGACCCAGCCUGGAUAACUUCCUGAGGAAGACGCCAGCAGUGCCCGAGCACAAGAGGCAGCAGUGCCCAUACGGCAAGAAGUGCACCUAUGGCAUCAAGUGUAAGUUCUACCACCCUGAGCGGCCGCACCAACUGCAGCGCUCCGUUGCCGAUGAGCUCCGGGCCAACGCCGGGCUCUCCCCCACCAGGACUGCACCAGCCACCAAGGAGGAGAGGAGGAGCUGGAGGCCCCCCCAUGGGGAGUUCUGGGGCUCUGUACCUGCAGAGAGUGAGAAAGUCCCCCUGCAGAAGGCCUUGGCUGAGAAGACGAGCUCUGCCCCUCUCAUUAGACAUGGUGAUGUGCCACCCUUCUUCCUCGGUGCCCAUGGCAUCCCAGCCCGGAAGAGCCACGGUUAUAGGAGUUUAGAUCAGUACCAGCUGCCUCCCAGGGACUCCCUUGCCCAUGUCUCUCAAGACCACCUUGACUCGGGCCUUGGCUCCCUUGAGAAUCAGCUCUCUGAAAUGUGGCCCAGCCCCUCGGCUAGCCCUGUCAAGUGGGCCCAGCAAGAGCCACUUGGGGAGAGCAGCUGCAGGGGGCAGGGGCCUGCCUAUCGGGUUCCUCCUGGCCCGGAAUCCAGGAGCUACAGCCAGUACCGGCCUCAGAGCUUCCUGCCAACCCCAUCUGAACAGGUCACUCCUCACUCCUUUCCUGGCUAUGAUGUGGCCUCCAGUGCUUCUCUGGGCCCUAGGCGCAAGUACUGGUCCGAGCCAUAUCAUCCAGGGCCUGCAGUGCGCCAAGACGUGUCGAGAGCUCCCUGCCUGGCCUACAAGGACUCCUCACACCAUUGGGCCUCCCCAGACAGUUUUGCAGAAGAGCGUGCAAAGGUGCACGUCAAGCUUUGUGGGAUCUUCCAUCCUCAUCUGGUGGAGACUGUCAUGAACCGCUUCCCACACCUCUUGGAGCCACAGCAGCUGGCUGCUGAAAUCCUCACAUACAAGACUCAACACCUUGGGGUGUGA